AUGGAUUAAGAAAGAAGACGACGAUGGGUUCAAACCUAAUAACAAAAGCUGGAAGAUAUCAGAUUACGGAAGUUGUCUCCAGUCUACUAGCUCAAAACUGAAAAUAUAAGAUUAAGUAAAACCGAAAAGAUUAUAUAAUUGAAAUAGCCAGAAAUGUUAAGGCAUUAACAAACUAUGGCUAUUGAUGAAUAUAUUUCAAAAGGGGAUUGCAAACUAAUCUUUUUACAAUAAUAAAAUGAAGACAUUGGAUUCAAAACAUUUACAGAAAUGAUGAAGACCAAUUCUAGUUGGUGGGGUAAAGUGGAUCAAUUAAAUCCAAAUGAAUCUACACUUAAAAAUAGAUUGCAAUUCAAUCAGCUAUAAGCUAAUCAAUUUACAAAUAAAUUAAAUAGAAAAUGGACAAGCACAGUAAAGGAAAUUACUGGGUUGAUUAAUAAAUAGUAGGAGUUAUAACAACUCUAAAAAGUAAAGAAAAUCAAAUUGAAACCAAAACCUAUUCCAUAAGUAGAAGAGGAUGAACAAAAAGAAGAUGAUAAUAAUAAAUAAUUGGAUCCUUCCUCCACUUUUGUUAAAGUCUUCUGGUUCAACAUCUAAAUUAAUGAAUGGAAACCGCCUGUCAGAGAGGGAUGCUCAGUCACUUACAUUCCCUCUCUAAAUAAGGCAUAUAUGUAUGGAGGAAUUGGUAAUGAUCUAUUUAAGAAUUUUAUUGCAUUGAAUACUCAAACAUGGACAUGGAAAGACAUAGGAGUAGGCAAAGGAGAAGCACCAGUUGAAGGAAGAUUUGGACACACUGCCACAUUGUACAAGCAAAGUGUAAUCAUAUAUGGAGGUGAAAAAAAGUUUAACAAUGUAAUGAGGAUUAGAGAAUGCUAUAGCGAUGUUAGGAUGUUCAAUCCAGCAGAAAAAUUGUGGACUCAAAUUAAGACAUUUGGUGAUCUUAUAGAAGGAAGGAGGAACCAUAUAGCAUAAUGUGUUGGAAAAUACUUUAUUAUUUAUGGAGGAAUUAAUUCUUUUGGCAAAGUCUUAAGUGAUGUUUGCAGUUUGAAUUUAGAAACUAAUAAAUGGAAUAUGUUGUAAAUAGAAAAUUAAUCUCUCGAAGGGGUUUCAGAUGCAGCUUCUGCUUCCUUGUUCAAUGGAGAAGUCAAAAUGGAGAAUCCUUACUUUAGCUAUGAAUGCAAUAAGAAGAAAGGAAAGUAUCCCAAUGUUACUUAAGAGGGAAUAUAUGUAUUUGGAGGCAGAAUGCAGAAUGGAGAGGCUACAAACGAUUUGAGAGUCAUUUAAUUCGGAUUUAAACCUAUUAGAAUCAUUAAACUAAAAACUAAAGGGUAAGUCCCAGUCGCUCGUUAUUCUCAUAGUCUCAAUUACUACUAUAAUUUGAAUGCUCUAAUUGUUUACGGAGGUAGAAAUGAUUCAAAAGAGGAGAACAUCCUUAAUGAUUUAUAUGUUUUAUAAUUGAUGUAGAUGAAUUGGGUGCUCGUUUAAUAAAUUGGAGGGUUUAAAUAUGGUAAAUUCAGUCACUGUAGUAUUUCAAUAGACUCCAAAAUCUUAAUUUUUGGAGGCUACACUCAGAAUGUUUAUGCUAAUGCUGACAUUCAAUUAAUCGAAUUAGACCAACAUAAAGUAACUAAGAUGAUUAAGGAAACCAAGGUUAACAAUUAAUUGACAAUAAACAGCUUAGACUUACUGACCAAUGCCAAUUUGAAGGUUUUUAAGACUGAAUACUAUUAAGAUAAUGUGGAUAUAGAAUAGAAUGAAACAAAUAAACCUUUUGACACAAUGAAAAUGAGUUCAAUGAACCUUAAGACAUUUAUUCCUAUACCAAAUAAACCAAGUUCUUAAUUGAUGCAAGAGUAUAAAUUAUUAAGAUUAAACUCUAAAUUUUCCAAGACUAAUAUAUUUUAAAGCAUAUGA